AUGUACACAGCCAUUGCCAAUCACUGGCCGGAGAUCGAGUCCAUCUUCUCCUUCGAAUCAACCUUCGACAUCCGAUCUCAAGCACUGACAUCACUCGUCAAGCUCUGUGAAUCUGUACGGACAUCGUUAAUCGAGUUCAAAUCUGCGAUUCGGAAGAAUUCUUCAAAAUCACCGGUCGACGGAGCUGGAAUUCAUGCUUUAACGACUGAUAACCGAACUUCCAAAUUCAACUCCCCGGCUUUGUUCUCCGAUGCUAUUAUGGAUCGAACUCUGGAAUUCGCCGGUUCCAUAAUCAUGAAAUGGAACCCAGAAACUUCAACAUUUGCAAACGUCACUUCUCUCUUCUACGAGAACCGUGGUGAGGGCAAUGAUUUCAUCAAGAACGGCAACGGUUUGCAAAGGGCCAUGCACUUUUUAGCCUCUAAGAACUCCGGUUCGGAGAAGCUCGUUCGUGCCCAGAACCUGAUGCAAAUCGCCAUGAAACGACUCCAAAAAGAGUUUUAUCAGAUUCUUUCGAUGAACCGAGCUUAUCUGGAUCCUGAGUCGGUCCCGGCUCGAUCAUCGCAUGCUUCAACUCGAUCGAGCACAUCCGACUACGAAGACGGUGAUAUUGGACCCGAAGAUGAUAUUAAAAUUGCUGGCGAUUCCAUCGAAGUCGAAGAUGUUUCGAAUAUGGCCAUGGUGGAUUUGAGAUCAAUUGCUGAGUGUAUGAUUUCGUCUGGAUAUGGUAAAGAAUGCGUGGAGAUAUACAAAAUUAGAAGGAAAUCGAUAGUUGAUGAAGGCAUAUACAGACUCGGAGUUGAGAAAUUGAGCUCUUCACACCUACGUAAGAUGGAUUGGGAGGUUUUGGAGCAGAGAAUCAAGAACUGGUUGAAUGCUGUGAGGAUUGCAAUUAAAACUCUCUUCAAUGGAGAGACAAUUCUUUGCGAUCACGUCUUUGCAUCCUCGGAAACAAUCAGAGAGUCAGUUUAUACUUAG